CUCGUUGCUCUCGCAGUCCGCGCAAGCACCGCCCCGAUUUGCCUGCGAUCGCCUAUUGGCAAGCGCCGCGAAACAAAUACAACCCGUCGCCCACAAGCCGUCAAGCAGACCCUACCCUGGAUCUUCAGAGAACUGAAGGCCGCCUAUGAUCGACAUGCUCGAGUCGCUCUCCACACCCACGCCGUCGUUUCUGUGGUCCUGCGCUGGCGUUGCUACUGCCCUCGGCGUCCUCUGGUACGUCGAGAGCAGACGCUCCGCUGUGCGCUCCGUCUCCCAGUUUCCAUGCCCAUCCAAGAUGCAUCCGCUUUACGGAAACCUCCUGGAUCUUGUGCCCUGGGAGGACCUCGUCAACGCCGACGUUUCCCAGUUCAACUUUUGUCUCAAUCGCCUCUCGCAAAAAUGCGACGACAAGGAUAGUUUCUUCCGUGUGCAUGUCUACGCUCCCUGGUUCCCGCUGCAUCGAGUGAUGGUCAUCCCCCGAAACGCCGAUGUUGUGCAAGAGCUGCUCUCGGCAAAGCAUGCUCCGUUCCUCAACAAGAGCAAAUCAUACGUUCCUAUCAAGAUGUACUUUGGGGACGGUCUGCUCACCAACAUGGGCGAUGUUUGGAAGCACAGUCGAAAGGAGGUCGAGAAGGGCUUCCGUCUGGAGAGCCUGCGCUACAGCGCCGUCGCAAUCGGAACCCUGGCCGACCGCCUCAUCGAAAGAUGGCUGAGCAACCCGCUCGUCUAUCAAGACAACUGGUUUGACGCCAAGACCGACAUGCUCUCCUUCACGUUCGAUGUCAUUUGCGAGGUUGGAUUCGGAUAUGACGAGAGUGUUCGCAAGGAACUCACGCUCGAAAGUCCGCAUGAGCUUUUCAAAACCCUCAAUACGGGCAUCGGGCGAAUCGGCCGCCAAGGGACCGAUCAGCUCCUCAUGCAUAUCCCCUUCACCCCCUUGAAUAUGUCGCUGCGGCGAGCCCAACGCGUUCUCGACGGCUUCAUCCAAAAGCUCAUCGAACGACGUCUCGAGGCCCUCAAAGUGGAUCGCACGGCCCACCACGGGACUCUUAUCGACGCCAUCGUCGAUAUCGAUGCCGACGGCAACCCGGUUCUGCCAAUGAAGCAAAUGAUUUCUGAGAUCAAAAUCCUAAUGUUUGCUGGGCAUGAUACCACCGCCAACUCCCUCGGCUGGGCCAUCUAUCUGCUCACGCAGCAUCCCGACUCUCAUCGACGCCUGCUGGAGGAGAUUGACCAAUAUUUGCCCAACAACAAGUAUCCCACAUUUGACGAUGUCGAGAGUAUGCCUUUCCUCAAUGGCGUGAUCCGCGAGACACUGCGCCUGUUCCCGCCCGCGAAUGCUGGACGUAUGCCCACACGAGAUUUGAACAUUGGCGGAUAUCAGGUCAAGAAAGGAACCGAAUUGUUUGUGUUUACGGCUGUCCUCCAGCGAGACCCGCGUUAUUUUGAGAAUCCCGAUAGCUUCCUCCCGGAGCGGUGGCUUCCUGACUCCACCUUGCACAUGGAACGCAAAGCCUACCUGCCCUUCUCGCUUGGGCCUCGCAACUGUGUUGGCAUGAAGCUUGCCCUUCUUGAAGAGCGGAUCCUGCUCGUCCGGCUGAUGCAGCGCCUCAACUUCACCUACAACUCCGAGCUCGGACAGCCCAAGUGGAGCUUUGAUCUCACCACCGGCCCCGAAGCCGUGAUGGUCAAGGUGUCAGCCAAGUAGUGUGCUGUCUGCACAGAUCAGCAUCCGCUGUAUCUGGAUGAUCUCCCCACAGGGACCACACACUCUCCGAUUGCGACUCUUUUGCCUCAUCCUCGAUCUGGCUGGCUAGCGGUUGCUUGGCCCACCGGUGGUCUCUGCGAUCUAGCCUCCCUUCUACUCCAACAAAAGUGCCUCCUUAUCGUUUCUGUUCCCAGUUCCUCUAUUUCACUCGAUUGCAAUGAACA